UUGAAUACAUUUUGAUAAGGUAAUACCGACUACACAAGUUGUUCAUUCUUUCCCACUUCUUCUUUGUAUAAGAUGGCAGCACGUAUCUGUCAAUAAAGCCAGUGUCAAAUAGCGUAUCAAUAUGGCUACAGCUGAUUCCGAGCGAAAAAAGCUCCCGAACGCAGCCCAAAUCUUGUGUACCUGCAAAUGUGAUUCUAUUAGUUAUAUCGAGGUUAAGAAAUUAAAUUAUAUGGUGAUAGGGAUAUUCGUAAACAGCAAUUAUUGAUCACAUUCUCUAACUGGGAGUAUACUUCUGUAUUCCGUAAAUUAUUGUGCUGCAUCUAAAAGAAAUCCGGAGUACACAGAAUUCAUCAAAACAUAUCCGCAAUGACUGAUACAGAGAAGCUCUUUGCUUGUUCCACAUCAGGCUGCAAUAUGAGUUUUACGAAUGAGGAUCAAUUAACAAUGCACAAAAAAAAGCAUGACAUGAUGCUUAAUCUUGGUAAUAAUCCCAAAAGCGCUGGAUUUGUUGCAGAUCAAACUCCAACGCCAACAAGAUUUUUCAAAAAUUGUGAGGAAGUUGGUUUAUUUCAAGAUCUUCAAGUCAAUCCUUUCGAAGAAACAUUUCGAAGAGCUGUUGAGACUGGAAAUACAGGCACACUUACAGUUCCAGAGGUUGGAAUUGCAGAUGAUACACUCCAUACUCCACAUAUUUUUCCUUAUAUAUCAGAUGUAUUACCUGCGAGUAGUCAAAUCCUUUCUGAAGACCACGUUGAAGAUUGCUCUUCAACUGUGUCUCUUAUCGAAAAAACAGAGGAGAGUAAUACUAUAAAAUCGAACGAAUGUAACAGUAUUAAAAUAAGUACAAAUGAGACGCAGGAAUUGACGAAAGACGCAAAUAUUACGUCUGCGAAAAAUAGUAUUCUCGCACCAAACAUCAUUGUCUCAGAUACAAAUACACCUGUAGCGUCUAAGCUUUCGCCGACACAACUUUCAUCGCAUCUGUCCAUCAAUGGCGAGGAGGUACAACUGCUAUUAAAAACGGCGGAUGGUAAAUUGAUGCAACUAUCUGCGACAACAGUGUCCGAGUCUUCCAAUGUGGCCAACGUUAGCGCCAAACAGCAAACCGUCGUUAUAAAAACCGAACCGGCUCUGCGAUGCAUAGUAAAAUCGGAAUCCAAGAAAACUAUGAUUUCUAGAUUAUCCUUGGCGAAAAUGAAGCUGAAACAAACCUUAUCUAAGAACGCACAGAAUCAAAAACCGACAGAAGAAAACACAAAAAUGGGCGCGACCGCUAUAUCAAAAAAAGAAAAUGUCAAGAAAACAAACGAUCAGGUUAAGAAGAAAGAUAUUCUCGAGCGCAAUCGUGCCAGUUCUAUGCGUGCGCGGGCUAAAAGAAAGGCGUGGAUUCAAGACCUCCAGAGAACAGUCACUAACGUGAACGAGGCGAAUGCAGCUUUGCAAAUGGAAGUGAAGGCUCUACGCUCGGAAGUGGCGAAGCUGAAGACUAUUUUGCUAGCGCACAAAGAUUGUCCGAUUACGAAAGCGAUGCAGAAAGGAAACGGGAUAGUUCUUGGAUCCAAAAUAAUAUCAGUUAAUAAUCCGGAGGUAUUGACGAUGCCGAUAUCGGCCAAUAGUAUUCCCGUAAAACGAUCAGGCUCUUACACGGAAACUCCGAACAUGCCGGUGAAGAAAUCUGCUGUGUCAAUAACAAAGAAUCCAGUGAUCUUCCCGAAAGUGGAUUGUGGCACCGCAAAUCUCGCACUUCCGAACGCGAUCAUAAAAGGUUUGCCGGCAUUGAAGAUCGUGGGGGUUAAUCAGUUUUUGCCGGAGAAGCCCGAAGAAACGAAGCAAAUACUUAUCGUGCAAAAUCAGCCGAGGAAAUUGUGCGAGGCUAGGCAGGUCAUUCAGAUUAAUCCGAAUUACGAGAUGGAAAACGCGGCGUCUAAAAGUACGGGAACGUAACUAAUCGCUCUCGAAAACGUUCGUGCGUUGGUAAUUGACGAAACUCUUUGCGGUUAGCGAAUGACUAGAGACUAUCAUUUAGUCGAAUGAAUCGAUUCUAUGAAUUAUACCAUCACUGAGGGUAAAGUGACGUUCAUGAAAAUUUUUAUUUUACACGCUUUUGACAAGUUUUUUUUACUUCUAAAACAAGUCUAUAUAAGUUUUAUCAGAUUUUAACUGUUAAAUUAUGUGUUCGACAAAUAAUUAUUUAAUGUAAAACAUAGACUGAUGUAACAGAUUUGUCCUUAAUAUGUAUAUAGAGGAAUGUGAAGUGAUAGGAGUUACCAGAUUUUUGUAUUAUUUAUUGUAUUUAUAAUAAAACAGUUUUUUAUUUAGAA